UAAUUUCAAUCCAUGACGUCAUCACACUGCGACGUUUCAUGCGGAUGCUGUGCUGAAGGGCGCCGUGUGGUUCUCUUGUCUUAAUGUCCUUCGGCGUGCUCCAAAACAUACGACUACUCUCUCCGCCAUCUUGAGCCCUCUCCAUGUUUCUGCAGGUUAGAGUUUACAGACCAAAAUGUCAGUGACGUCACUGUGUCGAGCUCUCAGAGCCUUCUCUCUCACCUCCAGGGUUCUCCCUGCUCCGCUGCUUGCCCCCCCUGCUCUGAGAGGUGUGGUGGGCGUGGUCACUCCGUUGAAGCCACACCCAGUUCGCUUCUUGACCACCACCAUGCCCUGCCCACAGAACAGGACCCUGUGGAAACAGACAGAUAAAUACACUGUUCGGCCAAUCGGAGUCAAAAAGACUGGAGGGAGGGACUACACAGGGAAGAUCCGGAGGCGGGGCAUCGGAGGGGGCCACAAACAGAGGUACAGAAUGAUCGACUUUCAGCGGCUGCGUUUUGAACCGGGGAAAGAGAAGGGCACUCAGAUCGAGGAGAGAGUGAUCGAGGUGCGCUACGACCCCUGCAGGUCGGGUGACAUUGCUCUGGUUGCCGGGGGAAACCGUAAGCGAUGGAUCAUCGCCACAGAGAACAUGCAGUCUGGUGACCUGAUUAAAAGCUCAUCUGUGAUUGGUCGGAUGGCUGUGUCAGCCAAUGAGGGCGACGCCCACCCACUGGGAGCACUUCCAGUAGGAACUCUGAUUAACAACCUGGAGCUUCAACCAGGGAGAGGAGCACAGUACAUCCGUGCAGCAGGGACAUGUGGUGUUCUCCUGCGUAAAGUAAAUGGAACUGCAAUCAUUCAGUUGCCUUCAAAACAGCAGAUUCAGGUGUGUGAGACGUGUGUGGCGACGGUGGGCCGCGUGUCCAACGUGGACCAUAAUAAGCGUGUGAUAGGGAAAGCAGGGAGAAACCGCUGGUUUGGAAUCAGACCAUCCAGUGGACUGUGGAAGAGGAAGGGUGGGUGGGCGGGGCGUAAGAUCAGGCCCCUCCCCUCACUGAAGAGUUACGUCAAUAUGCCAUCUGUAUCUGCACAGCCCUGAUACGUGUGUGUGUGUGUGUGUGUAAUCCUCUCUCACACACCCUCUCCAUGUGUAAUGCUGAUGUAUGAAGUUAAAUGUCACUGUAAUAAUAAUUCUUUAUGCAGGAAAUAAAAUCGAACCUCAGACAAACAGCAGAGCUUCUUUCACACACACCUUUCAUUCACUUCACAGAAAAAAGCUCCACUGUGAGGCUCAGUCAAGGAAAAAGCCUGAAAGGAGAAGAAAACAGCCGAUUCACACACACACCAUUAUCAGCAUUUCACUCUUCUGAUCAUCAGAGUCUGAAUUACUGAACUGAUUAUUGAUCAGAGUCUGAUUACUGAACUGAUUAUUGAUCAGAGUCUGGUUACUGAACUGAUUAUUGAUCAGAGUCUGAAUUACUGAACUGAUUAUUGAUCAGAGUCUGAUUACUGAACUGAUUAUUGAUCAGAGUCUGAUUACUGAACUGAUUAUUGAUCAGAGUCUGGUUACUGAACUGAUUAUUGAUCAGAGUCUGGUUACUGAACUGAUUAUUGAUCAGAGUCUGGUUACUGAACUGAUUAUUGAUCAGAGUCUGGUUACUGAACUGAUUAUUGAUCAGGUCUGACUGAGAAACACAGAUAUGAUUUGAUCCACAGCAGACCACAGUGAGCUCCUGACCUCUGGGAUCUCACUGACCCUGUGGGAACUUUUCUUAUUUGGAAAUAAACAGAAAUGUUUGAAAAAUGUAAAAUAAAUAGUGUUGAAUUCUGA